UCUUCGCAUUCCCGUCGCAUUUCCAUAAUUUUCCCGCAAACGCAAAUUCAGCUCGAUUUCUCGUACGGGGAAGACGGUUGAGGUUAUCUAUUAGCCAACCGAGAUGGUGAAGAUCUGCUGCAUUGGAGCUGGGUACGUUGGUGGCCCAACUAUGGCUGUCAUUGCACUCAAGUGCCCUUCUGUUGAGGUAGCUGUUGUUGACAUCUCUGUGCCCCGGAUCAAUGCCUGGAACAGCGAUCAGCUCCCGAUCUAUGAGCCUGGCCUUGACGAAGUGGUCAGGCAGUGUCGUGGAAAGAACCUCUUCUUCAGCACCGAUGUGGAGAAGCACGUGAGAGAGGCUGAUAUAGUCUUUGUUUCUGUCAACACCCCGACCAAGACACGUGGUCUGGGAGCUGGCAAAGCUGCCGACUUGACUUACUGGGAGAGCGCAGCACGCAUGAUCGCCGAUGUUUCGGUAUCUGACAAGAUAGUGGUUGAGAAGUCAACCGUCCCUGUCAAGACAGCAGAGGCCAUCGAGAAGAUUCUGACCCACAACAGCAAGGGAAUCAAAUUCCAGAUCCUCUCCAACCCAGAGUUCCUUGCUGAAGGAACUGCCAUUGAAGAUCUCUUCGAACCUGACCGUGUCCUUAUUGGAGGUCGGGAAACCCCCGAAGGCCUUAAAGCCGUCCAAGCCCUGAAAAACGUCUAUGCCCAGUGGGUUCCAGAAGAAAGAAUCCUCACCACCAAUCUCUGGUCAGCCGAGCUCUCGAAGCUUGCUGCCAAUGCCUUCCUCGCCCAGAGGAUAUCAUCCGUCAAUGCCAUGUCAGCGCUCUGUGAAGCAACUGGUGCCGAUGUCACAGAGGUAUCCUACGCUGUCGGUAAGGACUCUAGGAUCGGGCCCAAGUUCUUGAACUCCAGUGUUGGAUUUGGUGGAUCAUGCUUCCAGAAAGACAUCCUCAACCUGGUCUACAUCUGCGAAUGCAACGGCCUCCCAGAGGUAGCCGAGUACUGGAAACAGGUCAUCAAGAUCAACGACUACCAGAAAUCCCGGUUCGUGAACCGCAUGGUCUCAUCAAUGUUCAACACGGUGGCCAACAAAAAGGUUGCCAUCCUCGGGUUCGCCUUCAAGAAGGACACGGGUGACACGAGAGAGACUCCGGCCAUCGACGUGUGCAAGGGUCUGUUAGGGGACAAGGCCCGUCUCAGCAUCUACGACCCGCAGGUGACAGAGGAGCAGAUCCAGAGAGACCUGACAAUGAACAAGUUCGACUGGGACCACCCGCUCCACCUCCAACCCAUGAGUCCCACCACUGUGAAGCAAGUCUCGGUCGUGUGGGACGCCUACACGGCCACGAAGGAUGCCCACGGAGUAUGCAUCCUGACGGAGUGGGACGAGUUCAAGUCACUGGACUACCAACGGAUCUACGAAAACAUGCAGAAACCGGCCUUCAUAUUCGACGGGAGGAACAUAGUGGAGGCGGAGAAGCUGAGGAAGAUAGGGUUCAUCGUCUACUCCAUCGGCAAGCCACUCGACCAGUGGCUCAAGGACAUGCCUGCUCUCGCCUAGACCCUCUUCAUUCUUUUGGCCCGAGUUCCCCUCCUCGGAAUUCCCCCUUUUUUUUUUUUUGGUUUGGUUAAUCUUUGAUCAAUAAUCGUCGCCUUUGUUUUGAAAUCACAGCAUAUUUCCUUACUUAAUCAAUUAUGAUCAGAACUUUAGGCCCUUUUUUUUUAGUUGCUAAUUAUGUUGUACUUGGAGAGGAUAUUGUAAGCUUUUUCCAUACAAGUUUCAUUUGCCAUGAACAAUUAAUUACCCUUUGCAACC